CUCCUCCUUUUCGCUCGAAACCCGCCCGCACAAGAACGUCGUUUAUAUGGCCACCGUAGGAUCCUUUGACCAAACAGAAGAAACCAUGGUACGAAACGAGAAAGAAACCGUGAACCACGACGGAUCCCGGGAGCACCACGGAACGGGGGAACCCUUCCUCUUCACGUCAGAAUCCGUUGGAGAAGGACACCCUGAUAAAUUAUGUGAUCAAAUAAGUGAUGCCGUCUUAGACGCUCAUCUCAGGCACGAUCCUUACUCCAAGGUCGCCUGUGAAACAGUGACGAAGAAUGGUAAAAUUCUUAUCUGUGGUGAAAUCACAUCUUCUCACACGGUCGACUACAAAGAAGUAGCUCGAAAAGUUUUAAAACACGUUGGGUACGAUGAUGUGCAAACAGGUAUUGACUACAAAACUUGUGAUAUUGAAGUGGCUAUUGACGAACAAGUUACGGAAAUAGCUACCGGUGUUCAUAAAAACAAAAAUGAAGAAGAUAUUGGAGCAGGAGACCAAGGUCUAAUGUUUGGUUAUGCUACCGAUGAAACUGAAGAAUUAAUGCCUUUGACUGUGAUGCUGGCACACAAGUUAAAUGCCAAAAUUGCCGAACUACGAAGGGACGGAACUUUCUGGUGGGCUGGUCCUGACACUAAAACACAGGUGACUUGUGAGUACCUUUUCGAACACGGAGCUGCUGUUCCUCAGAGAGUGCACACAGUCGUCAUAUCCACAAUGCACUCGGAUGAUGUCAGUCUGGAUGUGCUACGAAAAGAAAUCAUGAACAGGGUGGUAUUUGAAGUCAUUCCAAAACACUACUUGGACAACGAAACUAUUUAUUACAUCAAUCCCUGUGGCACCUUUAUCAUUGGUGGGCCCCAUGCGGAUGCUGGUCUUACAGGACGAAAAAUUAUCGUUGAUACCUAUGGAGGAUGGGGAGCUCAUGGAGGAGGAGCUUUCUCUGGUAAAGAUCCAACCAAAGUAGACAGGUCAGCAGCAUAUGCAGCGAGAUGGGUGGCAAAGUCCCUGGUAGCCGCAGGACUCUGCAGACGAUGUCUUGUACAGCUUUCAUAUGCAAUUGGAAUAGCAGAGCCUCUAUCCAUCGCCAUUUUCUCUUACGGAACAUCCGAUAAAAGCAGUAGUGAGCUUCUCAAUAUUGUCAAGAACAAUUUUGAUCUACGGCCGGGCAAAAUAAUAAAGGAUUUGAAACUGAUGACACCAUUUUAUCAAAACACAUCAUGUUAUGGGCAUUUUGGAAGAAACGAAUUUCCAUGGGAAACUCCAAAGACCUUAAUACACUGACAUUUAGUAAUCAUUUUUAAGUAAUAUUUUACACAAAAGAAAAUUCUUCAUAAAAAAUAUUUCAUAUUUUUAACUGACAUUGAAGCAAAUAUAAUUUAAUAAUAUUGGCAACAAUUGAUUCAGAUACAUUCUUCUUUUGUGUGAAAUUGUUUUUAUUUUUUUACACAUUGUUAAACAUUGCACUUUGUCUACGUUUAAGCAGACAGUGUAAAGUUUUAAAGUAUCAGUUUUGUAUGUAUGUGAUG